CCCCCGGCUCGGCCCUCCCUCGGAUAAAUCGGCUCGCCGCCGCAGGACGCAGGUCCAGCUCCAGCAAGGCAACCGACAGCAGUUGAAAGCAGAGGAGGCAUACAAUGAGGCUGCUGAAAGCGGAGGAGUUGUUCCGGAAAGUACUUGAGGGUGGGUCAAAGAAGCAGGGCCGGCUGCUUGGGCUCGAUGUUGGCAGUAAGUAUGUGGGGCUAGCCGUUUCUGAUCCCCAAAACAAGAUUGCCUUGCCUCUAAGUGUCUUGGGUAGGACAAAGACAAACAUCGACUUGAUGGCAGACGAUUUCAAAACACUGGUUAAGAAGUACUCCCUCAAAGGGCUUAUUGUGGGUUAUCCAUUCAACUUACAGGGGCAAUCUUCUCCAGAUGCAAUACAAGUAAGCCUUCUUGUUGGAGAACUUUCUAAAACUGGGAAACUUGAUGAUUUGGGCUACACAUAUUGGGAUGAAAAUUUUACCUCAAAGUGUGUGGAAGCCCUUCUAAAUCCUCUGAAACUAAAUACUCCGGUAGAGACCAAAACCAUGACAGAUAAGUUUGCUGCAGUUUGCAUACUCCAGGGCUAUCUAGAUAACAUGAACAGAGCUAUGAGAUCCACAGACGAUUGUAAAGAGUAAGGUGACACCUGAGCUCCAUGUACCUAAACCAAGAAAUAUCAUUUGGUCAACUUGUGCCUAGCGGUCAGGUCUCCCUUUAAAGCAUGGAUGUGAAACCAGUUCAAAUCAUGUCGGUACAUUGAUAUGCAGUUCUUCGGGGCGUGAAGGAAACUCUGAGCUGGUGCGUUGUUAGGCUUGUACAGCUGACAUAUUUCUACUGACAGUUCAUCGUCUGGCAAAAGAAGCUUUCCUGCUUAGCCGCUGAAGGCAAAUUUAUUAGUAGAUGAUACUAAACUAUUUGAGACUGUUCUUGCUUACUUUCUUUCUUUCAACCUCUGUUUGCUUAUUUUAGUUUUGGCAUUAGCAUAAUUGUGAUAACGCCUGCAUGCCAUAAAGCUACACGAGAGGUGCGAGACGCAUUGCCUAGACUAAUCUCGUCCUUUCCAUAAAUUAAGCAUGCAAAUGCAUUGUUAGCAGCCUGGGUAAUUAACCCCCUUCCUGCAACUUUCGGUUUGUUUGUCGAACCAAGAAUGAUCAGGUGAGCUGUUGGGCGAUGAUGUUUCCCUUUCUCCAAAAGGGCCAAA